AUGUCGGCUCCAAUGAAACUAAAGACUCUGCAGAGCCACUUGCAAGAUCUGAAAGGGUUUGUUGAACCAAAAGUUGAAUUAGAGCAGUAUGAGACUCCACCCCAUAUUGCUGCAAUAGCUAUAUAUACUAUACAGACACAGUUUGAAAGUAUUACAGACAAAUUAGUCCUAGAUGCUGGUUGUGGGCCUGGAUCAUUAGCAGUUGGAGCUGCAUUGAUGGAAGCUGCAACUGUUACUGCCAUUGAUAUUGACUCUGAUGCACUAGAAGUGUUUCACUACAAUGCUGAUGUAAUGGAAAUAACUAAUGUUGAUGCAGUACAAUGUGAUUUUUUAGAGUCCAAAUUUUGCAGACUAGAUAACUACUUUGACACAGUACUAAUGAAUCCACCCUUUGGUACAAAAAGGAAUGCUGGAAUUGAUAUGAAAUUUCUCCAUAAAGGACUACAACUUUGCAGUGACAGUGUUUACUCAUUACAUAAAUCUUCAACAAGAUCACACAUUAAGAAAAAAAUUAAAGAGUGGGGAGUGGAAGGAAAUGUAAUUGCUGAACUGCGUUAUGACCUGCCUGCUACUUAUAAGUUUCACCGACAACACUCUAAAGAUAUUGCUGUCGAUUUGUGGAGAAUACAUCAUCCUAACUCUUGACAAAUGCACU